CUUUACCAACCGUAUGUACAAAUAAUGUAUACGUAUACGUGAGUAAGCUGGUUUAGAUACGUACACGUGUUUGAUGACGUGGAUGUUGCCUUGGCUCUCCUCUUUCCUUCUUCUUCUUCUUCUUCUCUCAAUUUCUCUCUCUACAGUUUUCUCAUUUUCUCUCUCUUUAUCAUAUUCUCAGUUGGCAUAAUAAUCUUGGUCAGUACCUACAAAAGGAAGUAAUCAUUUCAGCUGUGAAUUAAUAUAGCAUUUAGUUGCUUUCUGAUACAUGGGAAAUAGUGAGGACGGGAAAUCUUGUAAGCCUGAGAAAUCAUCUUCGACCGCACCAGACCAGAGCAAUAUUCACGUGUAUCCUGAUUGGGCGGCUAUGCAGGCAUAUUAUGGUCCACGGGUAGCUGUACCUCCAUAUGUUAAUUCUCCUGUUGCACCUGGUCAAGCUCCUCAUCCUUGUAUGUGGGGACCGCUACAGCCUAUGAUGCCACCUUAUGGUAUACCAUAUGCAGGAAUCUAUGCGCAUGGUGGUGUUUAUGCGCACCCUGGAGUUCCUAUCGUGUCUCGUCCUCAGGCUCAUGUAAUGACAUCAUCUCCUGCUGUCAGCCAAACCAUGGAUGCUGCUUCUUUGAGUAUGGACCCUUCUGCUAAGACUUCGGGGGAUACGAAUCAAGGCUUGAUGAGUAAGUUAAAAGGUUCUGAUGGGCUUGGAAUGUCAAUAGGAAAUUGCAGCGUUGACAAUGGCGACGGUACUGACCAUGGACCUUCUCAGAGGUUUCAUGUCAGUGACAGUGGGCAAACGGAAGGUUCAAGUGAUGGAAGUAACAUACACACAGCAGAGGUGGGUGAGAAGAGUAAGAAAAGAAGCCGCGAGACGACUCCUAAUACCUCUGGUGACGGAAAGAGUCGGACACGAAGCAGUCCACAACCUAGGGAAGUAAAUGGGGCUACCAAGAAGGAAACUUCUAUAGCUUUUAAUCCUGGUAACAUAGCAGAGAAAGUAGUCGGAACAGUAUUUUCUCCAACCAUGACUACUACUCUGGAACUGAGAAAUCCUGUCGGUACACUAGUGAAAGCUAGUCCAACUAAUGUUUCACGAAUUAGUCCUGCAGUGCCGGGCGAAGCUUGGUUACAGAAUGAACGUGAGAUGAAGCGGGAGAAGAGGAAGCAGUCUAAUCGGGAAUCUGCAAGGAGAUCAAGGUUGAGAAAGCAGGGAGAAGCUGAAGAAUUGGCAAUACGAGUUCAAUCUUUAACCUCCGAAAAUUUGGGACUCAAAUCAGAGAUAAAUAAUUUCACUGAAAAUUCUGCGAAACUAAAGCUUGAAAAUUCCGCUUUAAUGGAGAGACUGCAAAAUAAACAACGAGGACAAGCAGAAGAGGUAACUUUAGGCAAGAUUGGUGAUAAGAGGCUGCAACCUGUUAGCACAGCAGACCUAUUAGCAAGAGUCAACAACUCUGGUCCGUUGGAUAGAACCAACAAAGACGAUGAAAUUCAUGAGAAUAAUACUUCAGGAGCAAAGCUUCAUCAACUUCUUGAUGCUAGCCACAGAACUGAUGCUGUGGCUGCUAGAUGAUAAAUAGUCACGACCGUGCCCGCCCCCUACUUUGAGAUCUUGAAGUAUAGUUUGAUUGUGUAAUUUUGGUGCAAGUUUCAAACUUACUGUUAGCGCGCAGAAGUACAGUACAGAAAUGCAGAAUAGGGCUCUGAAACUUCAGAAAUUCUAAUUUUACCUAAUUGUAAUUUAGCAAUGGACGAAGCUGAGGAGUGCCUUUUUUUUUUUUGUCCCCUUCACUUCAGAAUGCCAUAUUGGACGGUCUUAUGUAAAUUGCUAAUGUUAGUCAUACUAGAAAACUUGACUGAGAAGUGAAAAGAUUUUGGUUUGGAUGUCUAAAAGUAUUGGCUUUGGAAGCAGUGAACAAGUGAUCUUUGUGAUAUGACUGAUGCCUUUGUUGGAAAA